AUGGACUACUGGAAUCACACAACAAGAAAACAAGAAGAAUUGAAAUCACAAUCUACUGGAAUCAUUGAAAUCACAACAACUGCAGCAUCUCUUCAUUCCAGAAUGCUACAAGAAGUUGUUGGCAGUCGCGCAUCAGAUAUUUUGCUGCACAGCUAUCAUAGGAGUUUCAAUGGUUUUGUUGCUAAAUUGACUGAAGAGGAGAAGCAGAAACUGGCAGCCAUGGAAGGUGUAGUGUCCAUGUUUCCUAGUCAAAAGAAGAAACUCCAUACGACAAGGUCUUGGACCUUCAUGGGGUUCCACCAAAAUGUUACAAGAUCUACUAAAGAAAGUGAUAUCAUUAUUGGAGUCCUCGAUAUAGGAAUUUGGCCUGAAUCUGAAAGUUUUAACGAUGAAGGAUUUGGUCCACCUCCUGCCAAAUGGAAGGGAACUUGCCAAACAUCCUCUAAUUUCACUUGCAACAACAAAAUAAUUGGAGCUCGAUACUAUGGCUCUGAAGGAAACCUUCCCCAGGGGAAUUUGUUUCCCCCAGAGAUUUAGAAGGCCACGGCAGUCACACUGCAUCAACUGCUGCUGGGGACAUUGUUAAUGAAG